AACAAAUACUUGCAAAGGUGAAACGAGAAGUUUGUUCCUCGAAAAUAAAGAAUUCGUUUAGUACAGAAAAAUGGAAUUUCAAUGUUUAAUUUGCGAAAUGACAUUUUCUGAAGAAAGUUCAUAUAUUCACCAUCAACAAACUCAUGCAGAAGACAGACACGAGUGUCAAAGGUGUGGACAGGAGUUUUUCCGUUUACAAGAUUUACAACUACACGAGAGAACGGAACAUGAAGCAAGACUUUUUGUUUGUGAAAUAUGCAAUGCUACAUUUGAACAAGAAGAAACUUUUGUAAUUCACCAGGAACAGCACCAGAUAGAGCAACAUCAUCUACAAAUAGAACAAGACAAAAAUAAGCAUGCGAGUGAACAACCACAUAGAUGUUUGGAUUGUAAACAAAUGUUUGAUAGUGAAGUAGAAUUACAAAAGCACGGAGAAGAAAAACACGGAUCUGAACCAUUUCAUUACCAAUGCAGAUACUGUAAGAAAUUAUUUGCCGAUCGUGAAAUGUAUAAAUCGCAUUUUAGAGAACAUUCCUCACGUUCAGUCCUGCAGGAGCUAUUAAUGCGUGAAGAGCCUUCUUUACCACAAAACUUUCCGGAAUUGCAAUCGAAACCAGGUUCUUCAGCACAAACCCUCCAGGAGCAAGCGAUGCAAGCAAGUCCUUUAACACACAUUGUGGAGACACCACGGAUGCAAACAAGGCCAUCCUCAAUACAAACACUCCAAAAACGAAGAAUGCAUAGUGGACCUUCUUCAACACAAAUUGUAAAAAAACCACGGGGGCAAACAGGACCGUCUUCAACACAAACCCUUCAGAAACCACCGAUUCAAGCAACGCCUUCAGCACAAAUUGAGCAGGCUCCACUGAUGCAAGCAGGACCGUCCUCAGCACUAACCCUCCAAAAACCACAGAUUCAAGCAACACCUUCCUCACAGAUUGUGGAGGCACCAUGGAUGCAAGCAGGACCGUCCUCAACACUAACCCUCCAGAAACAAAGAACGCAAACUGGACCUUCUUCAACACAAACUUUCAUAGAAUCUCGAACACAAACAGAACCAUCUUCAAUGCAAACCGUUAUAGAACCGAGGAUGCAAGCAAAACCUCUUUUAACACAAACGCUGGACGAACCAAAAAUAGAAGCAGAAGCAUCAUCCACACAAUCCUUAGAAAAACUAUCGAUGCAAGUAGAACCUUCUUUAAGUGCACUUCUUCAGGAAUUUUUGAUGCAAGCAGGAUAUAAUAUUGCUACAAUACUGCAGGAAUUAUUUAUGGUAACAGGGUCCUCGUUAAUUGCAAUGCUGCAGGAACAAUUAAUGCAAACAAGUCCUUCUACAAUAGAAACCUUGAUAAAAGCAGGGAUGCAAGCAGGACCUUCUACUCAAAACCUGCAGGGUAGGCAGAUGCAAGAGGAAUUUACAACACAAACUCUGCAUAGUUUCCAUGAUUCAGCUCAAACUUCGAACAAAGAAAAAAUUCAAGCAAGACCUUUCUCUACUGAAAUUUCCGAGGAAACUAUGAUGCAAGUAUCAUCCUCAACUGAAUUCUCACAGGUAAUAGAACCGUUUACUGAAAUUUUGCCCACUUUUCAUGAUUCUUCUUUAUUUUCUUCAACACAAAUGUCUGAUAAAAAAGGGAAGCAAUUUCCACCUGCUCAAAUUCUUCCGGAGGACUGGAUGCAAGCAGGACCUUCCUUUAUUAAUAUUUCGGAAAAAGGUGUGAUUCAAGAAGAAUCUUUUUCAAGUGAGACUUCGGAAAAAGUAUUGAUGCAUGCAGAGUCUUCAACAGAAACUGUUACCAGUUUCCAUGAUUCGUCUUCAACUGAAACGUCGAAUAAAGAAGACAUGCAAGCACGAUCUUUUACGCAAACUCCGAGUGAUGAACAGAAAAAUGAAAAUGAAAGUGUAUAGCUUUUUUAUUAUGUUUAAGAUUGAAAAUAAAAUUCGACUAAAUCAUCAAUUGUGAAAAUAUAUAAAAUUAAGUUACUAGUCAAUUUUGCUAUACAGUGAUUUACGAUGUAUUUUUUAAAUACUAAUUCGAAUACUUUUACUGUAAUUUUAAUUGAUUUUAUUGUCUAUUUGUAUGUGAAAUAUCUCCAUAACAAUUAAAUAAAGUCUAUAGAAUAAGAAUGUAUUGUUUAUUGAUUUGGU